AUGCGAGUUCUUUUGCUUGGCGCCUUGGGUCUGCCCUGUGAAGCUAUGAGCUCAGCUUCCAUUGGGGAUGGUGGCUAUGGAACUUUCGCUACCUUUGCAGUUUAUGUGACAGUCAUCUGUCUGGUUGCUGGUGUUUCCUUCUUCUUGGGAACUCAAUAUGAUGUGAUGAAGGAUGAGUACAGACGUAUCAUGGUGAACCAAAACCUCAAGAAAGUCUUGAAGUUGCUGAAACGUGCAAGAGCCACAAUGACAGGAAACCACGAGACUGAUGAAAGCGAAUCUGUUGGAGAAGAAAGUGAAGAAAAAAUUGGUGAAACAGAUGCCGAACUGGAGGAUCCACCACAUGGAGCAGAUGAAACCUCUUUGCACCGUGCCAUGAUCGAAACCAAUGAGGUGCUGACUGCCCGAGAACAAAGACUUGAAGCAGAAUGGGAUGAGGCAGAAUUGAAGAAUGACUAUGACUCCAUGCGGCGGCUUGAGAAUCUGAUCCUGGAGACCCGCAAUUUGCGCUACAGCAUUUAG